AUGUUUUUAUCUCGUUUAAAAUAUCGUCGAAAUUGUAUUAAAACAAUAAUAUCAAAUUUAACAUAUGUUUUAUUUCGUUGGCAUCAACGUAUACACAUCUAUAUAUUUCUAAUUAUUUUAUUUAUAGCUAGUUUAACAUCCUAUUAUCAACCAUUUGGUCUUCUAUUUAAUUUAAAACAUAUUGUACCUGAACGUCCUUCGAUUGUACCAAUUCGUAAUAAUUUAAUUAAUAAACAAAAACAAGAACAAAAACAAGCUUAUGAAUGGCUUGAUAAUUUAUGGAAAAAUUCAAAAAAUUAUUCAAAUAUUAUUUCAAAUCAAACAGGAAGAUCACAUUUUUAUGAUUUUAUUCAUAUGAAAAAUUCUAAUUCAUCAUUAUCAUCUUAUCAAUUAUUCGAUAGACCAAAACAAAUAUUAAUAAAUAAUCAUUCAAAUGUAAAUGAUCAAAUAAUUAUAUCAAUUUUAUAUAGUCAACAAGAUAUUGAUCAUCGUGAUGGUAAAUUUUAUGUUGGUCAAGUACUUUAUCAAUUACUUAAAAAUUAUCAUUCACGUUUUAUAAUAACAUUAUGUGAAAAUAAUAAUACGAAUGAUAAAAUAUCAUCAGAUAUUGAUUUAAUUCGACGUUUAGUACCAGUUUUUAUUGUCAAUACAAUUUCGUCUGAAUCAACUAUGGAUAUGUAUGAAAAAGAAAAACAAGCACAUUUACAAUGUAUUUUAGCUAAUUUUCAAUCAUUUCCAAAUGUAAAUCAUCUUCUAUUAUUACAAGAUGAUGCUGAACCAAUUCAUGAUAAUUUCUAUCAACGUUUUUUAUCAUUAAUUGACGAUCGUAUUAAACAACAAUGGCCAAGUACUGGUCAUAGACAACAACCAGCUUUUGUUAAAAUUUAUCAUCCAAGAUGGUUAAUUGAUUAUUUACAUCCAUCAUUUUAUAUAAUUAUACAAUUAUUUGCAACAAGUCUUUUUCUUACAUCUUCCUCUUUCAUUUGUUAUUAUUUGUUUCAAAUUAUUAAACAGAGUAAAUAUAAACAUAGCAAUAAUUGGAAAUCGAAUGAUAAAUGUUUCAAUAAUAUACAUCUAAUUUAUUUUGUUUUAAUAACACUCGUACUUAUUUUACUUAAUCAUUCCAAUGUAUCUUGGACAUGGCGUUCAUUACAUCCAUCAUUUUAUGCUAUCUAUCCAGCACCAUCAUGUUGUUUACCUGGUGUAAUCUAUUUUCGUCAAACAUACAUUCAAGUUAUUGAUUAUUUAAAUAGUAUUCAAUGUCAUAAUGGAUACGCAAUUGAUACAGCUUUUGAUGAUUUACCUAAACGAAUUAAAUUACAAACAUAUCUAGUAGAACCAAAUUUAGUUCAUCAUAUUGGUUUAUAUUCAAGACUUCGACAUACUUAUAUUAAUCCUUUUCUAUUAGACUAA